AUGAGUGCCAUUUUAAAUACAUUUAUUUUAUUAACGCAAGCCAUAGUUAUAUUCGCGGCGGUACCACCAAUCCAGAAAUGCCAGUUAUCUGACCCAGAAUGCCUGAAGAAGACUGCCCAGACUUUCGUAGAAACAUUUACCAGUGGAAUCCCAGAGGUGGGCAGUGAAGUUUUGGAGCCAGUCCACAUUGACGUCAUUAAGAUCGACCUGUCGGGCCUGAAGCUCACUGUCAGAGAUGCUGACGUUAAGGGACUCAAGAAAUCCGUGAUUGACAAACUUAAAGUGGACACGGCAAAGAAAGUCAUCGAGUUGACCUACCAUGUAGCUCCUAUUGUGUUGAAGGGCAAGUACAAGGCUGGCGGUAUGUUGCUCAUCCUACCCAUCAGUGGAGACGGAGAUGUUACUAUCAAAAUUAAAAAUCUCGCAAUAACCUUGACUAUGCCCUACGAUAUUGUCAAAAAUGAGCAAGGCAAAGACGUCAUCGAAUUGAAGAGUUACAAAUACACUUACGAGAACAAUGAAAACACUCACUUUAAACUCACCAACCUGUUCAAUGGAAACAAACAAUUGAGUGACGCCAUGCUGACAUUCAUGAAUGAAAACUGGAAGGCGAUUUCCCAAGAAUUUGGCAACCCUAUGCUGGAGAAACCAGUACAAAAGAUAUACAAUGCCAUCAAGAUUUACCUGAAAUCACAGCCCUUAGAAGAAAUAGCUAUUGUUUAA